CUAACUUUCUUCUUUUUCUACUUAUAAACUCAGAAGAUAAAAUUAAAAAUAAAACAAAAACCCGAGAGAAACAUACAAGCAAAGGAAAAAAAUGAGGUCAUUGAGCAUUAAACCAACAUCGUUAGAUGCAUCGAGGCAUGCAACAUCUGUAGAAUCAUUUGGGAAUCACCAACCGCCACAAUCUCCGUCGCCGGUGCCGUAUUUAUUCGGCGGCCUUGCGGCAAUGUUAGGCCUCAUCGCCUUUGCUUUACUAAUCCUGGCAUGCUCUUACUGGCACUUGACUAUUUCAGAUGAAGAUUUCGAGGAAGGAAACGGCAGAGGAGCUGAUGAAGAGAAAGAGAGUCGGUCCGGAGAGAAGGCGGCGUACGAAGAGAAGUAUAUUGUUAUAAUGGCCGGAGAUGACUUGCCGACGUAUCUUGCGACGCCUGCUGGGAACAAGUGUGUUUGUAGUCACGAGGGUGAAGUAAUUUUCGAGGAGGGUGAUGCUGCCAAGAGAGAGGAAACCAGACAAAAUGAGGAAGCGACGAGUCACUAAUAAGCUUUUCCUUUAUCAAAAAAAAAAAAAUUCUCUCAGUUUUAGUAGUUUAAUUUUUUUUUAGUGCUUUCGUUUUUAGUUACUUAUUUUCUUUUAAGCCUUUCUUUAUGGGGAUUUUCUUCGGAGAUUUCCCUUUGUUUUUCUCGGGAGUGUAAAUUUUUCUGAGAAAAGGUUUUAGAUUACGGUUUAAGAAUGUUUGUUUGUAAUUUUUUUUUUGAAACCUAUGUUUGUUUGUUUGUUUGUAAUUUUCAGUCACCAGACCAGGGAAAUAUCUUCUUCUCUUGA